CUGCCCCCAACCGAGGGGAACCAGUUUGCUCCCAGUGGUAAGCGGCGUAAGCAAACAAGCCAACAUGAGCAGCGACUCGUACCAGCACUAUUUUUACGACUAUGACUGCGGAGAGGAUUUCUACCAUUCCUCGACGCCCAGUGAGGACAUCUGGAAGAAAUUCGAGUUGGUGCCGCCGUCCUGUGACUUGGGUCCCGCCGCCGAGGAUGCGGCCCCCGGCUUUGGUUCCCCGGAACCGUCUCUGGUAGGAUGCACUGGGGACAAGACGGAAUCUCAGGGGCAUUUGAAAGCGUGGGACGCGAACUACUCCCCUCUCACCCGCAGCGACUGCAUGUGGAGUAGCUUCUCCGCCCAGGAGCCGCUGGAGAGAGUGGCGGGUGACCCGCUUACCGUUGGCGCGCCCUCGGGGAACUCGCCCAAGGAGUGCGCCACUUUCGACUACACUCCCGAACUGGAAGCCGACAGCCUAGCGCUCACCUCCCAGUGUUUGCUGGGCGAGGCCAAGAUCCAGGCCUGCUCCAAGUUUGAGAGCCCAAGCGACUCCGGGGGUAAAAAAGUCGACGUGACAGUAAAGAGGCAGUCUUUGAGUAAUCGGAAGCUGGUCACCAUCGCGGUGCAUGGAGACUUUCUGGAUCCCUGCACGAAUCUCUUCCACAUCUCCGUCCACCGGCAACAGCACAACUAUGCUGCUCCCUUUCCUCCAGAAAGCUGCUCCCAAGAAGGGGCUCCAGAAAGGGUUCCCCCAAAAGAGGCUCCAGAAAGAGUAGCUCCGUGGGGAAAUGAUAAUGAGGAUGAAGAGAUUGUGAACCUCCCACCUGUAAAAAGUGAGGCUGCCCAGUCCCGCCAGCCCAAACCCAUCCCUUACGAUACUGAGAAUGAGACCAAGAAGAAGAACCACACCUUUCUGGAGCGCAAGAGACGGAGUGAUCAGCGUUCACGGUUCUUGGCCCUGAGGAACGACAUACCCGCCCUGGCCAGCUGCUCUAGGGUUUCCAAAGUAAUGAUCCUAGUCAAGGCCGCGGAAUACUUACAAGAACUGAUAGGGGCUGAAAAGAAGAUGGCCGCGGAGAAAAGGCAGCUCAAACAUCAGCAACGGCAAUUGCAGAAAGAAUUAAGUACCUCACUGACCAAAAAGCCUGACUGUUCUGUUUGAAAAAGACACAAGUUUUCUUUUUAACAUUCCUCUCCCCUUUAUUAACUUGAACAUUUUUGUUGCAGCAGAACACUCUGGACAGUAGAUUGCAGAAUACAUUACAGCCCGUGCACCUACAAUAUAAAGGCUUGUGUUCUUGGACAGCUUGAAAUCCAGCUCUCUCUCUUCCCUGACUCAUGGGAGUGCCUUGUGCUUUUGGCACCUUUGGCUUUUCAGCAGGCAGCUGACUGAGGAAACUUGGGGUCUGCCUGGCUCACUAUCUCCAAAGAAAAUGUUGACAGCUGCUAUGCAGCAGGUGGUGGAUGUUGUUGGGGACUCCAGCCUGCAGGAAAUCUCAUAUGCUGCAUGAACUUUAGGAUGGGAAAGGAUGCUUCUACUGGUGUCUCUGGGGUGAUGCAAGGACAGCUGGGUGUGGACAGUCUCCCUGCAACUCCUUUUUUCCCUAGGAGACACACAGCUGUCUUGGGUGAAGACAAACCUAGAGACUUGACCAACAUGGACCAUUACCUCACUGUCGGACACUACAGUAGCUAAGAAGUUGGAAACUUUAUGUAUAUAUGUAUAUAUUAUGAUGUUGACUGACCCCCUUCCUCCCAUUCUCAAUGUUGUGAUGCUGAGAACAUUUAAAGAGCUUCGCCUUUAAAGUAAGUAUUUGUCUUAGAGCCCUCUGGGCUCUCUUCUCUAAGGGAAGUAACUUUCUUUCCUCACAGGGACUUUGUCUCAUUCUGCCUCUGUUAUGUAGUGGGUUCUACAGCACCCUUUCCCACAGGUCAGAAAUAUUUCCUUAAGACAGAGGGAAAUGGGUCUUAGCCUGGGGCCUGGGGAAAGUUCGGAGUCCUGGUUCAUGAACUUGAUCCCUACCCAGUUGUUUUCCAAGGGGCACUUAAGGCCCAAUCUUUUCUUGAGGCAGGUGUGAGGCUAGGGAGAACUGUAACACUUCCUCUUUUCACACCUAUCUCUCAUGUCAAUGCUUGACUGAUGAAUUUGAAGUUCUACUAGAACAAUGCAAACUUGUUUUUUUCAUGUAUCUUCAAGGAGCUUGCUGGCUCUGCAGCCACCCUUGGGCCCUCGCACCAGCCUGCAAUGAGUCAGAUAUCUUUCACAGAAUCUAGGCCUUUCUGAAGUUUGCUGGAGAGCCAUUAGGACUCACCCAGUGUUCCAGAAGGUGGACUUGCCUCCCGGUGGGUUUUAAAGGAGCCUCCAGGAACUCUACUUCUCAACCAUGAUGGAUUUUUUUUUUUUUUGAGACAGAGUCUUGCUCUGUCACCCAAGCUGGCGUACAAUGGCAAGAUCUCAGCUUACCACAACCUCUUCCUCCCGGGUUCAAGCGAUUCUCCUGCCUCAACCUCCUUAGUAGCUGAGAUUACAGGCAUGCACCAUCACCAUGCCUGGCUAAUUUUUGUAUUUGUAGUAGAGACGGGAUUUCACCAUGUUGGCCAGGUUGGUCUCGAACUCCUGACUUCAGGUGAUCCGCCUGCCUCUAUGAUGUAUUUUGCCCCAACUGGACUCUGCAGCUCCACGUGAAAUCCAGGUGCAGCCUCCAGUCUGGGAAAGUCAUCCAACCCAGUAGUUGUCAUGUGGGUAACCUCAGGAACCCCUAAGCCUGUCCUGUGAAAAGGAACAGCCCUUCCAGAUUUCUGCCUAGGAAAGCAGGUGCAUGAUUGGAAGUUGGGAGGAUAGGGAAUGAUAAGUACUAUUUGUGUCUCUGGAACACCAGCUGGUACUUCCAAAUCUAUUGUCCAUAAUGGUUUCUUCUGAGGUUGUUUCUUGCACUCAGAGAAUUCCAGGGAAUGUUUAGAAAUAGCCUCUUUACCCUUGUGGAGCAUGAUUUACAAGAGUCAGCUGACUUUUGGAACUGUCUAUGGAGAACAGGUUGAGUGUAGGUACUGAUGUUUCACCUGAAUAGCUUGUGUUUUAUUAGCUGCUGUUUGGUAUUAUAUUGGAGAGUAGUAUUUUCUAUAUUGCAUUUUUGUAUGCCUUUUGCAAAGUGGUUUUAACUCUUCAUACAAGAAAAAAGUACUCAGGCAAUUCUUGUAAAAGGGGUCUGAAUAACUUGUGUUUUGUCAGCUGCUGUUUGGUAUUAUUCUGGGGGUGGGGGGAGUAUUUUUUAUACUGCAUUUUGUAUGCCUUUUGCAAAGUAGUGUUAACUCUUUGCACAAGAAAAUAGCUCUUGGGUAAUUCUGUUAAAAGGGUCUGAAUUAUUUUGAAAAGCAAGUUUACCUGAAACUUUGUACUUAAUUGUGAUCACUGCUUGCCUGGUUGUAAAGUUUUACCUUCUCGGACAUCUUCCAA